AUGAUGUUGGGUGUUAGUGGGAUUGAAGGUGAGGGAAUAUCUUGUGCUGGAGAUUCCGACAUAAUAUUCAGAGCUACAAUCAGUUGGGGCGUAAGCAGACACAAUGAGCAAGGUGCGGUGAACCUUACUUCCUCCAGAUUCUCUCACGGAUGUUGCCGAACAACACAGAGGCGACUAUCAACGGGUAUCCAAUCAAGCAGAGAAGCUUCCGCUCGUUCGCUCAGUACAAUACCCACCUUAGUAUAUCCAGCUGCAGCGGCUUCUGCAUCACCAGAGGUGCACAGCCGGAAUCUGGAAGGGAGCAAGGGGGCAGCCAGGUCGAUUACAGUACUUGCGUCCUCCGUCCUUGUUUCUGACAGACAACAUACAUCAAUGCAAAGGGAAUCAAGCGUACGAACAACACCCACCUGUUGA